GCGCACUUCAAUGCAUUCAAAGGGCCCUAUUGCUUGGUUGCCUCGGUGGUGUUCCGAUAAUUUGAACAUUUACACAAAAAUUUAAAUGAAAUGUUUUAGAAUGGUCGUUAAUUAUUUGAUUUGUGUUUAAUACUUGAGUGUUGCUAUAAGUUAUGGCGAGUGUUUUAAUCGGUGUAAGGACGAAGUUAUGUUAAUUUACUGUCCAUGUAACCGGGUUCCACCUAUGUACCUGCCUCUUGAAGAAUUGAGGCGUCGGUAGAAUGGUGAAGUGAGCGUGGCGAGAUGGUGCCGUGUGUGGUAGCGUUGCUGCUGCUUGUGGAGACCACGCUACUUCGCGCACUCGACAUAUCCCAAUGUAUCGCCCCUCUUGGCAUGGAGAGCGGGCUGAUUCCAGAUAAGGACGUCAGCGCUAGCUCCUGUUACAACGACGGCAACGUGGCACCUCAAAAUGGAAGGUUGAACCAGGAGAUAAAGGGCGGCGCUUGGUGUCCUCAGUCACAGAUCACGACCGAGUCGACCGAGUGGCUAGAGAUCGACCUGCACUCGGUGCACGUGAUCACCGCCGCCGGCACGCAGGGCCGCUUCGGCAACGGCCAGGGCCAGGAGUAUACCGAGGCGUACGUCAUCGAAUACUGGCGGCCCAAGCUCGGCAAGUGGGUGCGAUACAGGACCAUCGAUGGACAAGAGAUCUUGCCCGGCAACACGAACACCUAUCUAGAGAAGAAGAAUCACUUAGAGCCGCCGAUCUGGGCGUCGAAGAUUCGCUUCAUCCCGUACAGUUCGCAUCGACGGACCGUCUGUAUGCGUGUGGAGAUAUAUGGCUGUUAUUGGAGUGUGGGUAUCGUGUCGUACUCGAUGCCGAAAGGCAACAAGCGCAGCAACGGCGUGGAGCUGACGGACAUGAUAUACGACGGCGUGUGGGGCGAGGAGCUGCGCGGCGGGCUCGGGCAGCUCGUCGACGGCCAGUUCGGCAGCGACGAGAUCAGGGAGGCCGCCAAGAAGUCCGCCUGGGUCGGCUGGCGGAACGACUCGCGCCCCGCGCCGCCCGUCAUCACUUUCGAGUUCGACAAAGUUCGCGAGUUCAGCGCGGUGCAUCUGUACUGCAAUAAUAAGUUCAUGCGAGACGUGCAGGUGUUCUCGGAGGCGGUAAUAUCGUUCUCGAUAGGCGGUCGUCACUUCCAAGACGAGCCGAUCCACUACACGCACGCGAGCGACAACAUAUUCGAGAGCGCGCGCAACGUGAGCAUCAAGCUGCACCACCGCAUCGGCAAGUGGGUGCGCAUUGAGUUGAGCUUCGCCGCGCGCUGGAUACUCAUCAGCGAGGUCGUGUUUGAUUCCGAUGUCGCACAAGGCAACUACACGCCGGAGAGCUUGAAGCCAGCGCUCGGCAAAGACAAAACGAAGUUGACUUUGAGUAAGGACGUGCCAGUGUCGCCCGCCCACCAAGAAGAUCUGUUAUACGUCGCGAUCGCAGUGGGGGUGUUGACAGCCCUAGUCAUCCUACUGGGCGUCGCCGUGUUCUUAGUCGUCCACAGACAUAGACACAGGAAGUGCUUCGCGUCACCUCUAGCCAAGUCCACCAUUUCCCAGAAGAGGACAGUGGACAACUACAGCGGCUGCGGCACGUCGAUGCUACCUGAAAACAAAAUGAUAAUAGACUGCGCUUUAGAUGUUAAGUCGGACGAGUACCAGGAGCCGUACCAGGCUCUCAAGUGUGCGCCGUAUUUUAGUUAUAGUACUGUACUGCUCGAGAUGAAAGACUUUGUUAAGGACUCCAACACUGCCCUGUCAGACAGCUCGAACUACGACUACGCAGUGCCUGAGCUGAGCUCGGCGCCGCUGCUGACUAAGCGGCGCAUGGACUCGGUGUCGGAGCGCGCGGACCUCGCCGACCACGUCGACGCCUUGCCCGAGUUCGGCACCAGGCGCUCCGGCAGCUCGCUGCGGUCCAAGCAUAGUGCUAGAUCGCCAAGCCAACAAGAGAUUUUUAUAGACUUGAAGAGACGUCUCGAGACCACGAAUGUGAUAGAGUUCCCGAGACACAGACUGAGGAUGAUCUCUAAGCUAGCGGAGGGUGCUUUUGGCACAGUGUAUGUGGCGGAGGCGGACGGCGUGCCUGAGUACAACGGGACCAUUACAUCGGAGAAAAGACUCGUCGCGGUGAAGUUCUUGUGCCACGACGCCACACUCAAGGAGAGGUAUAUAAUGGAGGAGUUUGAGCGCGACGUCCGCAUAUUAGCCGCGUUGUCGUCCCCCCACCUGGCCCGGGUGCUCGGGGCGUGCCGGUCGCCGCCCCUGGCCGUGGUGCUCGAGUACCUGGAGCUAGGCGACCUCUGCGCGUUCCUGAGGACCGCCUCACCCCCCUCGACUCCCACUCUACUCCACAUCGCAACGCAGAUAGCCGCCGGCAUGCAGUACCUUGAGUCGUUGAACUUCGUUCACAGAGAUCUGGCUGCUAGGAACUGCCUGAUCGGCAAAGCGUAUCAAGUAAAGAUCAGCGACUUUGGCACGGACAACGAAGCGUACGCGUGCGAUUAUUACAAGGCUGAUGGUCGCAUCCCGCUGCCCCUGCGCUGGGCGGCGUGUGAGUCGGUGCUGCGCGGCAAGUAUACGACCAAGAGCGACGUGUGGGCGUUCGCGGUGACGCUGCAUGAGAUAUUCACGCUCUGCCGCCGCCGCCCCUACGAGCACUUCACUGACGCUGAGGUAUUGGAGAACCUGUCGCACUUACAAGCGGACGACGGUCUGUUCGAGUGCAUCGACCGGUCGCCCGGGUGUCCGCGCGACGUAUACGAGUUGAUGUGCGAGUGCUGGCGACGAGAGGAGCUGGAGCGGCCAAGCUUUGCGCAGGCGCACCUGUUCCUGCAGCGCAAGGGGCUCGGGUACGCGGGCACGUGAUGCCGGCGCGCGCGGCCGCAUCCCGGCCUCGACUAGCGCGCGAUCUCGUGCUCCGUUCAAUGCCAACAUGAUAUGAUCACCAGAUUUUAAUUAUUUUUGAUCUUAUUGGCGGGGUAACAAUAAGAACGCAAUACAGUGCUAAAUAUACUACAGGAUAGACACGUUGAACAACGGCGCGGAUGUUAUUGCCGCAUGCCUUUUACCACCAGUGAUUCACCAGGGUAACGGGUCAUGCGCAUUAUGAUAAUUGACAAAUAAUACAUAUUAAGCGAUUAUGUUUACAUUAAUUGUGUGUAAUUAAUGUAAACAUUUUGUCAUGUUCCGCAAUACCUGAUACUCUCACGCGUAUCCAAUGUAGUUUACGAUACUUGUUGAGCGUCGUAUAUUGCGUCUCAAUUGUUACAUUAUUAAAAAGUUGCUUUAUUUUUAUAAUUUUUAUGUGCUGGUGAAGUAAUUAUGUAAUUCAGUUUCCCGUCGAUUAUAUUACAUGUUAUAAUUUAUGCUAUUGUUAAAUGAUCCAAAUCAUUACGUCAUGUAUCAAUGAAAAUGCAUUGUACGGUGCACAUGCACAAUGGGCGUGGCGUAGCGAAUACUAGACCCGAUGUGAUGCGUCGUGAUAUAUUUGUGUGUCGCGGCGUGUUCUGGCAGCACGCUGCACGCUGCACGCGGCACGCUGGCGGCGCGAUGUUCCAUACGGACGCGUAGGGUUUUUUGUACUUAAUUCUAGAUAGAUCGCUUCACCUCCCCGGUCGGCUUUAUGCACAGCUUCUGUCGGACUGUUUGAUGGCGUAUUGGCGCGUUCGCCUUUAGAUGGAACGUGUUCGUAUGGAAUAUUGCUCGCCAUUUUUUUGUAGAAACGACUGUGCUCUGUACGUCGAUGUAACUGUAGGUACGUUUAGAUGUUAAACUAUUGGUAUUCGAGGUUCAGGCACUAAAAUAAACUUGUAAGUAAAGUAAAAUAGUAUAGAGAAAAGUAGAUAUUCGAAAUCUCUAAACCCUGCGUCCUCCAUAGUACCGUUAUCUAUAUUGAUGGCAGCUUCAAUUAGUCGUUAAGAAAUAUCUUAAACUGUGUAGUCAGAAAUAGAAAAGGUGCAGUUGCGGCGUACAGAGCGCAGUGGAUAUUAUAAUAGUGAUAUGAAGAUGGCCGCUCACUUGCGACUUUACCAGCGCGACUUUAACACGAAAUUGUAUGGUCAUUGUUUAAAUUAAAUGAAUGUACAUAGAUUUAUGUUUCACAGUUUGUCUACGAGCAUACCAGUAGAAUAAAAAAAUAUCGUUUACCUGGUGUAGUCAACGAAGUAAAUUUUCACGGCCGCUUAAACAGUAUGUUGUAAUAGUUUGCGACAUUCGGCUACCGCGUCACGCGAUAGCAUCGUAAGUGAGUCGCCACCUGAGCGUAUUGUAACUCGUAACAUGUGAGCUACGUAUAAUAGACAUAAGCGUCCCGAUCUUCCUUCGCUCCCUCCUGUGACGUCAUGAUUCCACGUGCUACACCUGACCGGCUCGGGUGCACUCGUCUACUCUACAAGCAAUAAGCUAAUGCCUUACACACACUGAACCUCAUUACGAUAUAGGAAUGUUAGUCACACGACUAAGAUAUCCAUUUUAAUAGAUGUAGAUGCUAGAUUAUUUCCUAGUGUUGGAUUGAAGUUUUCGUUUCGGGUUUGAUAUUUUAUUGCAGAUUGUACAGUCGACUAUCGCGUGUAAUAUUGACACCUGCACGAAUCUUAAUUUUAUAUUUGCAUUGAUUAAUCACGGGCAGAUGAAACAUUUGCAGACGAAAUUGUUAUGAAAUUAAACUAUUCAGUGUUGUUGCGAGAACUUCACUCCAGCACGAAAUCUGUAUUUUCAUUGUGGUUAUGUAAGUUAAGGAAAAGAUCGACUGAUAUUUUAUCGACAAUGUUUUACAUUCUACAUUAUUUUUCUAGCCAAAUUAUAUGAUUGAUGCAUCGCGAGUGAUGCGUCGUAAGCACUGUUUCUCGCACAAUUCUUCUUAGUCAUAUCAUUGGGGGUGUAGUGUGUGAAAUCGCUUAAUAGGUAAAGUUACCAAACUUGAUAGUUAGUCAUUUAUUUUCCUACAUUUCACGACCCCGUACUUAGUACCUAAUAAUUAUAUGAUAGGAAUAUUAUAGUAUUUAGGGAUGCAUCUGAAACGAAUAAUAAGAAUAUUAGUAGUGUUCAUAGUUGAAAUUGUCUAUUUUCCGUAGUUUGCUAUGUUGAGGUUGUGGCGGGAGGGAUAUUCCGACAAUAUUGUAUCAGUGCGAUUAGAUAGCGCGAAUUUGGUCUCUUGUCGCUAGAGCGUUAGGAUACAUACACUUGUGUGGUUCAUAUUUAUUCAUCGCGGCCUAGGACUUACGAACAUUUACUUUCAUUACACCGAAUAAUGUAUUAAGAGCUAUAUAUUUAUAAAUUAAAUUUCUAAAUCAUGUUUUCUAAAAUAUUAUUUAUAAUCAGAAAUUAAAAAUAUAUCUUUAAUCUAUAUACUUUAUUUAAAUGUGAAAAUUAGAGACUAUAAUGAUAAUGGCCCCAAUGUGAUUUAACAGUAAAGUAGCAUAUUAAGCUGAUUUUUGUAUCUCGAUGAUAUUUUCAUUUGAGGGUACCUAUUUAUAAUGCAUUAUAUUAUGAUGUAAAAUGAUUUUACGCUAUAGUGCCGAAGUAUAAUUUGAAGUCAUAAGAAAGCAUUAUAAUACAUAAAUUAAACACAAAAACAAAUGGAAUCUAUUAUAUACCGUCUCCUACUGUAUAAAAUAAUAUGGCAUGUAGUCGCAUAAAUAAAAUUACCUAGACCUGUAUUGACAAUAACAUUGUUUUUAUACAAUAUAGCGUAUUUCAAACCAGAUAUAGUAGUUAUUGAGACAACGUGAUGGAAUGCAAUAAUUUCGUUGUAUUGUUCGACUGAUUUAAGAGAAGUUUUAUUUACCACUUUCCAUACUUUAUCCAAAGACUGUAACACGUACGACGAAGUAAUUAAGUUGAUUAUACAGACAAGCAAUGCGUAGACAGCGUAUGUAUCCGAACGUGAGCUUUAUAGUGUUAUGUAUAGGUCUUAUGUUCCCACUCGUGGACCGAAACGUACGGCUUAAUAUACGAGCCUAAUAAUGUAAGCACUUUUAGAUUUAAGCGAGCUGUUUUGUUUGCAAAGUGGACUUUGAAACACUGUCGCGUCGCGCACUCACUGUAAAAGUAAAUUUAUUUAACUGAGAAAGCGUGCACCGUUCGUGUAUUAGCAAGUGAAUGCGCGGCGCGUAUGUCACAGCGUCAAUGAUACCGCUUCUAAUACGACUGAUGUCUGUCGAUACGCACAAGGGUACGGCCACAACGCACCGUGGACUACUCCACAGGCCCUAAACAUUAAUAUUAUAUCUACGAAUAUUUGUAUUAAGUCAGUUAUAUUGACACAUUUGAUCAUUCUUUUAACGUGCCGUGGAGAUUAUCCGAAAUCUGUACAUAGUGGUGUACCGUAGCAAAUACAGAUAUAAUUAUCAUAAUUCAUAGAGCAAAAAUCAUAAAAUACCUACUUAUGAUGGCUGGUAGUGUUUAUAAAGGAUAGUAAGGCUGGACUUGUGUUGUUCGCGCUGUGACGUAGUCGUGUAACACUGAGGAACCAAUGUUAUAUAAGCUAAUUAAAUAAUUAGAAGUUUAAUUAUUUUCUAAGAGACGUAGAGCAUCUCUAUGAACAAUAAGUAUGCAUUUACUUUGGUGAUUGUCGCCUUAUUACUCUUCGUUAUAUCGUCUAGUGUUUAGUGAAUAGAUGAGAGAAAGAGUAGUUUUGUAAUGAGUUCUCAUUCCCUCAUAUUGCAUUAUCGUUAGUGAGUAAAUUUAGGCACUAAUAAUAUUUAAUAAUAAUAAUGUACAAUAAAACACCCUCUCUGCCUUAGUGACGCUAUUCUUACCCUAAUGCUACGAACGAAAUAUCAAUUUAUAACGAAAUUAUAAUGUAUGUUGUAAAUACGAAUUCUUAUGGCUGACGUGUCAUAAUUACAUAUAUCGAGCACUAUGGAAAACUUAAAUUCCUAACAAUGGUCCAAACUUCACUUGCUUUUUUAUUUGUACUAUACGAUUAUACAACUUCUAUUUAGAUAAAGAAAUAAUGUUAAACUUAGUCUAGAAAUACAACUUAUGCUUUAAUUUUAUUUUAUAGAUGUAAAACAUGUAUUUGUCUAAAUGCUUAAUUUUCAUAAUCAAAGUUUUAUGAAAAAGAUUGAUACCAAA